AUGAAACAUCUAACAUGGGUCAGUUUUGCAUAUUAUAGGACCUUUCAUGUACACUGUGAUUAUUAUUGUCACUUCCAGGAUGAAACCUGUUACUACAGCCCUAAAUACAGAGCAGCUAACUGUUCAUCAUACUACUUUGUGAACAAGGAUGAACAGAGUCUUAAAAUGGCAUCUGCUUAUAUUGGACCGAUCUCCAUAGCCAUUGACGCCAGUGACAUUAGUCAGUACACAUCUGGUGUUUACUACAAUCCAUAUUGUGGACAGGAUUUGAAUCAUGCUGUGCUGCUCGUAGGUUAUGGCACUGAUGACAUCACUGGACUAGACUACUGGCUGGUGAAAAACAGCUGGGGACCUAACUGGGGAGAAAACGGCUACAUCCGGAUGGCUCGUAACAAGAAUCAAAUGUGCGGCAUGUCAUUGUACGCGGUCUACCCUCAGUAAACACUAAGACCAAAAUCAGUCAAAUCAGGCAAAAUGAGGCCAACAGGCCGUCAUAAGAAAUCUACAUGUGAAUGUGAGCUUUUAUUGCUCCUUCUGACACUAACUGAAAGUGCAUUUUAAAUAAAGGCAUAAGUUACAGCCAUUUGGUGCUUUGCUGAAUAUAUUAUUUUCUUCUUCUUCUUCUUUCUUCCCUUAAUGUUAUGAUAUAGCAUUUGAUCAAAAAUAAUGUCCAAUACAGAUGGCUGAGUGUGUUUAUAAAUGUUUAUCACAAGAUUAUUAAAAUACAUUAGUGGCACCAAUGUUUUGCACCAGUUUUCCAUGUCCUUGAAAUGUAUUCCAUUUUUGGGACGCUUUUUGCAAUUUCUUUAACUGUAUUAAUAAAAACGUU